AUGUCUCCCAGGGAUGCCCAAGGCCACGGCACACAUGUGGCCUCAACUGCUGCGGGAGCUGCGGUAACGGGUGCUAGUGUCUUCGGUUUCGCCAACGGAACGGCCAGACGAAUGGCUUCUCAUGCCAGGCUGGCCAUCUACAAAGCCUGCUGGGCGCCUGAAGGAUAUUGCGAUGAGAGCGACAUCGCUGCUGCCAUGGAACAAGCCAUUGCUGAUGGCGUCGACAUCCUUUCUAUCUCAAUUCACUCAGAUGACGUGCCAUUCCACAUGAAUCACGUAGCCAUUGCAGCGUUUGGAGCGAUAGAAAAGGGAGUAUUUGUUUCUGCAAUUGCAGGCAACCAGGGACCUUCUUCAUCUAGUCUGAGUCACACGGUGCCCUGGAUAACUACCGUAGGUGCGAGCAGCAUCGACAGAGACUUCCCUGCUUCUGUGGUGUUGGGCAACCAGGAGAUAUACAGAGGCACUUCCGACUUCAAAGGAGGAGAUGGAAAAUUGCAAGGGCCAUUCCCUCUCGUCUAUGUCUCUGCCAGUAGUAGCUCAAAGCGUUGUCUUGAUGGUAGCCUGGACCAAAAUGUCGUAAAGGGUAAGAUAGUGCUGUGUCAAAAGUUGAUCAAUCCAGAUGACUCUAGCGCACCGGAGAAGGCCAGGGAAGUAGCCAGAGCAGGCGGUGCACGAAUGAUCGUGGCCAAUGAAGAGCUCCUUGGAGCACAGCAGCUGUUUCCCGACAUUUUACGAUUUCCCGCUAUCACAGUAAGUUUCAAAGCUGGUGAAAGAAUAAAAUCCUACAUCAACAGCACAUCGAGUAAUACUACUGCCACGGCCGCCAUGCGUAUCACGGGAUUGACUAUUGUGGGAAACACAGCAGCCGCUCCCAUCGUGGCUGCAUUUUCAUCGAGGGUGCCGAGCAAAGCAUACCCUUCUGUUCUCAAGCCUGAUAUGCUUGCUCCUGGUGUCAACAUAUUGGCAGCAUACGGUAAUGGUGUGGACUACUACUUCAAUUCGGGGACCUCCAUGGCCUGUCCUCAUGUCAGCGGCAUCGCAGCGCUCAUAAAAGCCAUCCAUCCCACGUGGAGCCCUGCCGCCAUCAAAUCUGCUCUCAUGACCACUUCCUACAUUGUGGAUAAUAGAAAGCGGGCGAUCAGAGAUUCAGUUAGCAUGGAGGCAGCCGACUCAUUUGAUAUGGGCUCUGGACACGUGGACCCAAUAUCUGCAAUGGAUCCUGGGCUUGUCUACGACAUGGCACCGCAACCGGGCAACAAAUCGAUUAAGGUGAGCAGAAGAAGUGUGACGAAUGUGGGUGCAGAGGGUAAUGUGGUGUAUAGAGUGAGUGUGAAGAGCCCUCCUGGCGUAAACAUCAGCGUCGAGCCAGAGACGUUAGUGUUCAACAAACUCUACGAUAAAGCCAGCUACAGUGUGGAAUUUGAAAGCAAUCGAAGAAGCCCAUCUGCAUCUGAGGGUGAACUAUAUGAUUUUGGAGAGAUACGUUGGACUUGUAUUGAUGGGGGAACACAAGUUGUUCGUAGUCCGGUUGCAUUCACCUGGCAAGCUUCAAAUUGA